AUUCUACGGCUGUGCCGUGAAGAAUGGGAAGGAGUGGGCGCGCGCAGCUGUCACUCCUGGAGUUUUUCCUCCCCUCGUGCAGUCCGUCCGUUCAUCCGUGCCACGCUGAGAGAAAAGAGCCCUGAAUCUCGUGCCACAGUUUGCGUUCUCGGUUAUAUACCGCAAAAGAAAGCAUGGGAGGCAAGCUCAGCAGGAGGAAGAGUGAGCCUGCUGCAGGGGAGGUGGCGGCAGCGGUGGCCGAGCAGGUGGCCGACGCAGCAGCAGCCGCCGCAGCUCCGGCCGAGGGUGCCGCCGCUGAGAGCCCCAAGGCGGAGGGAGACGCCGGGGCUGCAGAGGAGGCCCCCGCCUCGGCGGGCGGGCCCCUAGCGGGCGUGCUGGACGCCGUGGCGGAGCAGGUGAGCGCCGUGACCGAGAAGCUGCCGGAGCCCAUACAAGCCCCCGUGAACGAGGCGGUGCAGUCCGCCCAGGACAGCGCCGCCGGCAUGGUGGAUUCCAUGAUGGCCGCCCUCAGCCUCAAGGAGGAGGCCAAGAAGGAGGAGCCGGCAGCGCCAGAGCCCGCACCCGAACCCGUCGCCAUUCCAGAACCCGUCGCCGUUCCAGAGCCCACGCCUGAACCCGCCGUCAUUCCAGAACCAGAGCCCGAGCCCGAGCCAGAGCCCGUGUCGCAACCCGAGCCCGAGCCAGAACCAGAGCCUGCUGCUGCCCCUGAGCCCGAGCCGGAACCGGUCCGCGAGCCCAGCCCAGAACCAGAACCACUAGUGGCCGUGAGCGAGGAGCCCGCGCCGCCACCACCCGCUGCCGAAGAGCCCUCACCCGAGCCCGCCGCCUCCUCCCUGCUGGACGACCUGAUGUCCGCCGUCCCCGAGCCGGUCCUGGCUGCCGUGGAUGACCUGGUCCCCCCUCCCCCUGCCGAGGAGGAGGAGGAGGAGCCCGAGGCGCCGGCGCCGCUGGUGGACGGCCUGUCCGACGUGCUGGAGCAGUGCGGCGUGGAGAGCUCCGGCCUGGACGGGCUCCAGUUCAGCGGACUGAAAGUGGACUUGAGCCCCGGCGGCGGCGACGACAACGGCCCCCUGGUGCCUGACGAGCUGGCCGGGAUGGCCGACCAAGCCCUGACCUCCGCCACCGGUGUGGUCAACGAUCUGAUCUGAUCUGAGGCACAGUUUCUGCACUGUGUUCACUUAAUACACACACACGCACACAGACAUGCACACAUAAACACAGGGCUCUAAAUUAACACCAGCCAACCAACCGGCCAAAUGCGGGUGAGAUUUCAGUUUGGGUGGUAGAAAAGACCAACAUACCAGUCACGUUGACCCAUUAGUGAUUGUGUGUCUAGUUUGUAAGAUUAACAUCUACUAGGCAUUUUGACAGGUGAUGAGAGUUAAUUUAGAGCCCUGCAUACACACACACAUGCAUACACGCACACACACAUACUCGCUCACACAUGCUCAUAUGCAUACAUGCACUCAACACACAUGCAGAGCCCUCCCCUCCUCCUCCUCCUCCAAAAACACACACUACAGGACUGAAGAGUGCACGUGCGCGGGUGGGUGUGUUUGCGUGUGCGUGCGUGCGCGCGUGUGUGUGAGCGGUUUAGACGUAGCGUGACCAUUUUAGUUCAGUGAAAAUAA